GCCAUUCAACUUUUAUUUCAAAAAAUGGCAUGAAGUCUUAUUUGUUCAAAAUUAUAAGAAAACUACUUUUUUAAUCAAAUAAAGUUUUAAAUAGUUAUGGAUUUCUGCGUUAAAAACAAUGCGGCAUAUAAUUUUCAAUUUAAUACCGUACUCAUUUAGGCCAUGGAAGAACAUUCGUAGCAAUCGCGUUUUUCGAUGAAUUAUCAUGUGUUAAAAUUUGUUAAUGAUAUCGCAUUGCUAUCAAAAGAACCGGCUGUGCGAAUUUGUUACAUUCACAAAUUGCGAAACUGCUUUGUUUAAAAUUAUUUCACAACAGUCACAACCAUCGUAAAGGUGAUCAAAACAACAUUUACAAGUGAACAACUUCUGGCAUAUUAAUGGCGAGUUACAGCUCAAAUGUAAAUUGGAAUCCGAAUUUCGAUGUUUUAAUUAGCGACAGCGAGGAUGACGAUGAUGAGAGGAAACCAAAUUAUAAAGGGCGCGAAGCGUUGGUAUUCGUUGUGGACGCUAAUCUUUACGCCGAGUAUGAGAGAUUUGCUGAGGCACUGGAUAUUGUGCGCAAAGCGUUAAUAUCUGGAUUGCUUGUAAAUAGUAAAGAUUUAAUUGGUAUUGUAUUUGCAAAUACAGAAAUGAAUCCGGAUCCCUACGAAGCUAGUAGUUUAGAUAAUAUUGUUUUGCCACAAAAUUGCGCGGUUUUUUUACCGCUCCGUGAUUUAUCGAAAUCAAUAGUAGAACAUUACUUGCGCUUUAUGGAAACUGCUGAGCACGAAUUUGGUGCCAACUAUGGUAUCGUAGGAAAUGGCGGGCAUGCCGAUUUUGCUGUUAUGCUACGUUUGUGUAUAAAUCUAUUUGAAAAUGCCGGCUAUAAUUUGGUUUCUUCGACAUUGGUUUAUCUUACUGACAGAGCGACGCCCCAUCCACUCAACUCAAAUUUAUAUCAAAGAGCCUUACAAAAAGCUAAAGAUCUAGAAGGCAAGGAAAUCGAGUUUCAAGUGAUACCUAUGGUUGAUGAAUUUGAUUAUGAGCCAUUUUAUAAAGAAUUUAUAACGCUGGUUGAAGAUGGAAAUAUUGCUGAUUUUGAAGCGAAAAAUCCGGAAGAAUUGCGUACACUAUUAUCUGAUCGCAAGUUGCGACAAAACGUAUUGAGGCGAUCGUUGGGUCAUUUCAAGUUAUCACUGGGUCCAGAUUUGGCGUUAUCAGCCCUCUACUAUAAAUAUUUUAAAGCUCGUUUCAUGCCACGAAAAGUGCGGUUACUUCGGAAAGACAAUUCAAUUGUACACCAAAAGCGUGUUAUUAUGGUGCGUAAACAGUCUGAAGAAACAAUGGAAGUUGUUGAAGAGCACCAAGUUAAACAAAGUGGUGGUUGGUACGAGAUUAAUUUGGGCGACAUGUGUAUACGCAUUACACCCGAGCAAAUAAAUCGUGUUCGAAACUUGCAUGCGCCGGGCAUGAUGUUACUUGGCUUUAAACCGAUUUCUGAAUUGCCAGAAAAUUGGUAUUAUAAACCACAAAACUUUAUGUAUCCCGAUGAGAAAGGUGUUAGCGGAUCGAAAUGUCUAUUUAGAGCACUUUGGGAACGAUGUUUGGAGCGAAAUAAAAUGGCUAUUUGCUUAUUUAUGCGUAAGCGCAAAUCAAUUCCACGUUACGUUGCCUUAAUACCCGUGGAAGGUACUGCUGCAGAGGAUGAUACAUCCAAACCCUUAUUAUCAGGUGAUGGUUUCAAAAUAAUAUAUCUGCCUUUUGCCAAACACAUACGCAAUAUAGAUUUUGCCAAUUGGAAUAGCAUGCAAAAUGAGUCACCCGAAGAAGGUGUGAAAGUUUUUGAAAAGGUUGUCAGUAAAUUGCGUACAACAUUUCAGUCUAAUUUUCUUGUUGAUCCAACUGUCGAAGCAUUGCAAUCUAAUAUACUUGCUUUGGCUUUAAAUAUAAAAACCGACAAUUCGGGUCUGAGUGGAAUGCCGGAUGCCAAGCGACAGGAUGAACGCAUUGCAAAAAUCUUACCACGCUUAAAUGAAAUAUUCGGCGAUGAUGUAGAGGUAGCGAAAAAACGUGCGGCAACUGAUGCAUCAGAUGCAAAUGCAUCUAAAGUACCUAAAGCGGAUGCGGAUAGUUUGAAGCAACUUAACUAUGUGCAGCAGUUGGCUAGCAAUGAUAAGUUGGGUAGUUGUACUGUUGCACAGUUGCGUGAUAUUUUAAAAACACAUUUUGAUGUGCAAGUGCCUACAAAAAUGAACAAACAGGAUUUGAUUGUUCGAGUAAAGGAACUAAUAGUUUGAUGCUUGUUGAUUUGUUGUUCUUCUUUGCUUUUGUUUUAUUCGUUUUCGGUAAUAUUUUUCGAAAAUUUUAGAAUUAAAAUACAUAAACUCAUAUAAGACGGUCAAGAUUUUUUAAGGACAUUUUUCAUUAUAAUAUUACAUAUGUACAUACUAAUGUUAAUGUAUUAAAAAUAAAAAUAAUUUAUCCAACUUUA